AUGGCGCCUCAACCCCCGAAGAAGCGCAAGAAGAAGGUUGCCAGGCGACCCAAGAAGAAAGCCGGUAACGUCAAGAACCUACCAACCACCGAUCCGAAGACUUCCCACCUCAACGUCCUUCCUUUCGAGCUACUUAGGCACAUCUUUGGAUACUUGGCUCCCGACAACGUCCAGCCACACUUGAGUGACAUUUCCCUGUACGCCUACAAGCAGGCUCAGAAUGUGCUACAGAACGUCUGUCUUGUCUCGAAACAAAUGGAGGCUGUCGCUCGCCCAUUGCUUUACCAAGGAGUCAUAAUCAAUAACUCGGACGCCCUGUCUUACUUUCUUCGGACCCUUGAUGAGAACCAACCUCUAGGGCAGAGAGUCAAACAACUUGUGUUUGAGGUUCCCUGCUCCUCACAGGAUGAACGCUACCAGAAGCCCAAUAUUGCAGUCCUCGGAUCACGGCCAAAUUUCGAGAAAAUCCAGAAGACAGAAGAGAUGGUAUCAAAUUUCGAUCUAUACGAAGAAUAA